GGAAAAAAGGGGGCGUCUCUCCUUUAAAGACUUGAGAGAUUGAGAGAGGAAGGGAGUCGGGUAGUCACUCUAGUCAGCCUGUCUCUGGGAAGGGAGAAUUCCUCUGCUUCACAGUGGUUUGCACUGGGGGACAGACAGCCGUUGGCCUCAGACCAGACAGAGUGAUCCGACCAGGUCACCCGGUUAAAACUCUGUGCGCGGCGCGGCGCGGUGCGGUGCUGUGCAGUGCGGUGCUUCCCUCUCCUGCCGCUCUCUACACGGGAAUGUCUCGGCGAAAGCAGCGGAGACCCCAACAGUUAAUCUCGGACUGUGAAGGUCCCAGCGUAUCUGAGAACGGUGAUGCUAGCGAGGACGACCACCCCCAAGUCUGUGCCAAGUGCUGCGCACAAUUCUCUGACCCAACCGAAUUCCUCGCUCACCAGAACGCAUGUUGUACUGACCCACCCGUAAUGGUGAUCAUUGGGAGCCAAGAGAACCCCAGCAACUCUUCAGCGUCCUCUGCGCCACGGCCAGAGGGCCCCAGUAGGCCCCAGGUCAUGGACGCAGAACACAACAAUCCUCCAGAUUCUGGGUCUUCUGGGCCCCCGGAUCCCACCUGGGGCCCAGAGCGGAGAGGAGAGGACUCUUCUGGGCAUUUCCUGGUCGCUGCCACAGGUACAGCGGCUGGAGGAGGUGGGGGCCUGAUCUUGGCCAGUCCCAAGCUGGGAGCAACCCCAUUACCUCCAGAAUCCACCCCUGCACCCCCUCCUCCACCGCCUCCCCCUCCACCCCCAGGUGUAGGCAGUGGCCACCUGAACAUUCCUCUGAUCUUGGAAGAGCUGCGAGUGCUGCAGCAGCGCCAGAUCCAUCAGAUGCAGAUGACUGAGCAAAUCUGCCGCCAAGUGCUGCUACUUGGCUCCUUAGGGCAGACGGUGGGUGCCCCUGCCAGUCCCUCAGAGCUACCUGCGACAGGAACUGCCUCCUCCACCAAGCCCCUACUGCCCCUCUUCAGUCCCAUCAAGCCUGUCCAAACUGGCAAGACAGCCGCAUCUUCCUCCACCACUUCCUCCUCCUCCUCCUCCUCAGGGGCAGAACCACCUAAGCAGGCUUUUUUUCACCUUUACCAUCCACUGGGAUCACAGCAUCCCUUCUCUGUUGGAGGGGGUGGGCGAAGCCACAAACCCACCCCAGCCCCUUCCCCUGCCCUGCCAAGCAGCACAGAUCAGCUGAUUGCCUCACCUCAUCUGGCAUUCCCAGGCACCACUGGACUCCUGGCAGCUCAGUGUCUUGGGGCAGCAAGGGGUCUUGAGGCUGCUGCCUCCCCAGGGCUCCUGAAGCCAAAGAAUGGAAGUGGUGAGCUGGGCUAUGGGGAAGUGAUCAGUUCCUUGGAGAAGCCCGGAGGAAGGCACAAAUGCCGCUUUUGUGCCAAAGUAUUCGGCAGUGACAGUGCCCUGCAGAUCCACCUUCGCUCCCACACUGGCGAGAGGCCCUAUAAGUGCAACGUCUGUGGUAACCGCUUCACUACUCGCGGCAACCUCAAAGUACAUUUCCACCGGCAUCGUGAGAAGUAUCCACAUGUGCAAAUGAAUCCACAUCCGGUUCCAGAACACCUAGACUACGUCAUCACCAGCAGUGGGCUGCCUUACGGAAUGUCGGUGCCACCAGAGAAAGCCGAAGAGGAGGCAGCCACGCCAGGUGGCGCUGUUGAACGCAAACCUCUAGUGGCCUCUAGCACAGCACUCAGUGCCACAGAGAGCCUGACCCUGCUCUCCACGGGUACAAGCACAGCAGCGGCUCCUGGGCUCCCUACUUUCAACAAGUUUGUGCUCAUGAAAGCGGUGGAGCCCAAGAGCAAAGCUGAUGAGAACACUCCCCCAGGGAGUGAGGGCUCAGCCAUCGCGGGAGUAGCGGACAGUGGCGCAGCAACCCGAAUGCAGCUAAGUAAGCUGGUGACCUCGCUACCGAGUUGGGCACUGCUUACUAACCACUUGAAGUCAACUGCAAGUUUUCCCUUUCCUUAUGUGCUAGAACCCUUGGGUGCCUCGCCUUCGGAGACAUCAAAGCUGCAGCAGCUGGUAGAAAAGAUUGACCGCCAAGGAGCUGUGGCAGUGGCCUCUACUGCCUCAGGAGCUCCCGCUACUUCUGCCCCUGCCCCUUCAUCCUCGGCUUCUGGACCUAACCAGUGUGUCAUCUGUCUCCGCGUGCUGAGCUGCCCUCGGGCUCUACGCCUGCAUUAUGGCCAACAUGGAGGUGAGCGGCCCUUCAAGUGUAAAGUCUGUGGCAGAGCUUUCUCUACGAGGGGCAACUUGCGUGCACAUUUUGUGGGCCACAAGACCAGCCCCGCUGCCCGGGCCCAGAACUCGUGCCCCAUCUGCCAGAAGAAGUUUACUAAUGCUGUCACACUGCAGCAACAUGUGCGGAUGCACUUGGGGGGCCAGAUCCCCAACGGUGGUUCCACACUUGCUGAAGGCGGAGGAGCUGCCCCGGAAAAUAACUCUGAGCAAUCUACAGUCUCUGGACCAGGGAGUUUCCCUCAGCAGCAAUCCCAGCAGCCAUCACCGGAAGAGGAGUUGUCCGAGGAAGAAGAGGAGGAGGAAGAGGAAGAGGAAGAAGUAACAGAUGAAGAUUCCCUAGCAGGAAGAGGCUCAGAGAGUGGGGGGGAGAAGGCCAUAUCUGUGCGAGGUGACUCAGAAGAGGUAUCCGGGGCAGAGGAGGAAGUGGGAGCCUCAGCCGCAACAGCAACAGCAGCACCCACCACCGGGAAGGAGAUGGAUAAUACUGAGAAAGCCGCUCAACAAGCCGCUCUGCCACCACCCCCACCCCCACCCGACAACCUGGACCAUCCCCAACCCAUGGAGCAGGGAACCAGUGAUGUUUCCGGAGGCGUAAAGGAGGAAGCCAAACUGGACCGGACCUCGAGCCCGAUGGCUGCGCUCACUCAAGAAGGGGAGGGCACCAGCACCCCUUUGGUGGAAGAGCUAAACGUCCCAGAAGCCAUGAAAAAGGAGCCGGGAGAGAGCAGCAGCAGAAAGGCCUGUGAAGUGUGUGGCCAGACCUUCUCGACCCAAGCAGCCCUAGAAGAGCACCAGAUGACCCAUCCCAAGGAAGGGCCGCUCUUCACUUGUGUCUUCUGCAGGCAGGGCUUCCUUGACCGUGCCAUGCUCAAGAAGCACAUGCUGUUGGCUCACCACCAGGUACCGCCCUUUGCACCCCAUGGCCCUCAGAAUAUUGCUACUCUUUCCUUGGUCCCUGGUUGUCCCUCUGCCAUCACUCCCCCAGGGCUUCCCUCAUUCCCUCGAAAGGAUGACCCCGCCAUCCCAUGAGCCUGUUUUUCUGUACCUGGUUCUCUAUGACCCAGGGAACAGAAACAGAGAGAGAGAGAGAGAGCUCCAUAGACGGACCUCCAAGAAUUUACUCACCCUUCUUGUCUUGUCUUAAGUUCUGACAUGUUUCUAGUGACUUCUUUCUAGUCCCUGAGCUUGGAAAUUGCCUUUGAAAAGGAGUGCCCCCUAAGAAGAUGGCAUCACCUUUUUGUUCUACGUAACUAAGGAAAACAAGUUCUCUGUAGCUUUCGCGUUCUUAAGGGGGCUGUCCCCUCUUCUCCUUUUCCCUUUGG